AUGGAUGACUCACGCACGCCCAACGGCCCACGCCCAAGUGGACAGCGGAGAAAGAGGCUGGUUCUGAAGCUCAGUCAAAAGGAUGCUCUGCAAGCCCUCUUUCAACAGAACCCCUACCCUGGCAUCAAGGCCCGAGAGAGCCUGGCCCGAGACCUGGGCAUUCCCGAAAGCAGAAUUCAGGUUUGGUUCCAAAACCAACGAAGAAGAAGCCUAAGGCAGAGCCGACCGCCGUCGGGGAACAUCUUACCAGACGGGCAAUCGCAUCCUGUGCACGAGCCUCAGGCUCUGAUGCAAGAUGGCCGCCCAAAAGAGGCCGGGAGAAAGCGCACGUUCAUCUCACCCUCUCAAACAGGGAUGCUUGUGCAAGCCUUUGAGAGGGACCGCUUUCCUGGCAUUGCCACCAGGGAAGAAUUGGCUCGUCAAACAGGACUUCCCGAACCUCGAAUCCAGAUAUGGUUUCAGAACCGGAGAGCUCGGCACCCGGAGCAGAGCAGAGGGGCGCCUGCCAAGGCCCGGGCAGAAGACCCCGAUGCCAGACCAGCCCCGACUGUCCCAUCGGACCAAAGGCCCCCGCCCAACAUCCACAACAGCGCUCAUCAAUUGCCUCCAACUGAUCCACUGGACAGCUUCCGGUCCCUUGCCGCUGCAGCCCCUCCUCUGGCCCCAAGCUUCUUUGUGCCUUGUGCUCCCCGUGGUGGCUGGGUGGGCCAGCCUUUGAUGCUCCUGGUGGUCCAGCCCGCCCCGGCUUCGCAGGGAGCAGAGAACCCUCCACAUCCGGGAACAGACCCCGGCGGCACCACAGCAGGGCCGAGUCCAGGAGGGGGUCUCGCACCCAUGCCCGCGGCACUCACGCCCUCCGCCCACGGAGGGGCCUGCCCGCACAGCAGCCUGCACCCUGGCGUGGCAGCACGCCCUCAGCCUGUCCCCCGCAGCGCUCCUCCACACACCGGGCAGCAUCCGGCUCAGCCACGCAGCCCCCACGCGCCAAUUCUGCAGCCCGAACAGGCCGAGACACACCUGUGGCAGCAGCAGGCCCCAUCGGAUCAGCUCACGUGUCCUCCGCUCCAACCGCAGCCCCAGCCCUCGGGCGCCAGAGGCUCAGGGAGCCUCUUAGAUGAACUCUUGUCAGACGCCAGCCUUCUGGAAAAGGCACAACCUUUCCUGAGCGACGGCACCCCGGAAGAGGGACUUUGGCCAACCCUGGAAGAACCCCUCAGUGACGACGAAUUCCAGGCCCUCCUGGACAUGCUGCCAGGCUCACCAGGGCCUCAGGAAAGCCUUCGGUCGAGCCCAAUUCAGGCCUCCUUCCCUGGGAUGCCGAGCCACGGCUGA